GGCCCCCUCUGCCGCGGAGCCGCGCGUUCCGGCCUGAGCGUGUGUGCGGGCCCCGGAGCGGAGCCGCGCCGGGCUGGCUGUGUGCUGCCGGCGCCGCCGCUGCCAUGGAAAGGGGAGGCGGUGGCAGCGGGUGAUUCCGCGCCCCUUCCCCGAUGAGACUGUGGCUGAUCUGGCUGGGCUGCUACACCCUGUUCCUGUGGGUGCUGAGGAGGAAGAUGUGGGCUGGCCCUGCCAGGUACCUGAGGAGCCCUUUAUCCAGGUCCAUCUACGUGAAUAUGAUGGGCAGCCACAGCCACCCAGCCCCGGGCGCCAGAGAGAACCACCAGUGGUAUGUCUGCAACACAGAACAGUUGUCUGAAUCCCUUCAGCCUAUUUUUGUCCAGAGUUACCUUGACCAAGGAACACAAAUCUUCUUAAACAACAGCAUUGAGAAAUCAGGCUGGCUGUUUAUUCAGCUCUAUCACUCUUUUGUGUCCUCAAUUUUUAGCCUCUUUAUGUCUAGAACAUCUAUCAAUGGGCUGCUGGGAAGGGGCUCAAUGUUUGUGUUUUCUCCAGAACAAUUUCAAAGACUGCUUAAAAUAAAUCCAGAAUGGAAAUCCCACAGGCUUCUUGAUUUAGGGGCUGGGGAUGGAGAAGUCACUAAAGUCAUGAGUCCUCAUUUUGAAGAAAUCUAUGCCACUGAAUUGUCUGAAACAAUGAUAUGGCAGCUUCAGAAGAAGAAAUACAGAGUGCUUGGUAUAAAUGAAUGGCAAAACACAGGAUUUCAGUAUGAUGUCAUCAGCUGUUUGAAUUUGCUGGAUCGCUGUGAUCAACCACUGACUGUAUUAAAAGAUAUUAGAAGUGUACUGGAGCCAACUAGAGGCAGAGUCAUUCUAGCAUUAGUUCUGCCAUUUCACCCAUAUGUGGAAAAUGUAGGUGGCAAGUGGGAAAAACCGUCAGAAGUUUUGGAAAUCAAAGGGCACACUUGGGAAGAACAGGUGAAUAGCCUGCCAGAAGUUUUCAGUAAAGCUGGUUUUGCCAUAGAAGCUUUCACCAGACUGCCAUACCUAUGUGAAGGUGAUAUGUAUAAUGACUACUAUGUACUAGAUGAUGCUGUCUUCGUCCUCAAGCCAGUGUAAGCGCGUAUGAAGUAAAUCUCCAGAAACUUAACCCAAGAAGCAGCCUCUGAAAGAGGAGUUUGAUUUACGGUUACUUAAAGGGAGGGAAUUUGGGAUUGCCGUGCUAAAUAAAUACCAUGUGAGAAGUUUAAAGGCCAAAAUACUAAUGUAUUUCUUUGUAGUGCAAUUAGGAGAAAAGUUGGUUUUUAAACAGACUCUUAAGUUGAGUUUGUCUUUUUUUACCAGCUCUUAAAUCAACAAUGCAUUCUGCAAUCCAGCAGUAAUGAGGGAUAUUUUUUUGUACAUACCUGCAACAGGGGUCAGAUCCAAACUAAAGCAAUAGUUCUGCUAAUGAUGAAACUGAUACAAUGCAAACUCUU